AGUAAACUGGUAAAUUGUUGAGAGAUGAAGAAAGUGACAAGAAACCCCAAAUCCAUCCACUCUUCUUCGUUCCAUCCGCUUUUCUCCUUCCCCGCUUCAGCCCACCGAAUCUCGUAGUUUGAUCCGUCGAUGAGCGGCGAACUCCGGAUUUGCUGUUGAAACUGAGAAAUUGGGAGAGGGAGUGAUCGAUCGGUACCUUGCAUUCGCAAUUUGGUCGACGAUCUGGAUCCUGGGUUCUGGAUGUUUGCUUAGAACCCUAAAGUAUUGGUCUUUGGGGCAGUGGCUUGCUGCUUGUGAUGAUGAAGGUUUUGUACCGGAUUUGGGAGCAGGGCCAUGAACGGAGGAUGAUUCCCUCGUCGCCAUUUCUGGUCUCAUUCUUUCUGCUGGUUUCGGUGCCCGUGCUCUUCGUUUUGGCCCCUCGGAUUUUGCCUCCGAAGACGCUGCCGAGCAUCCCGGACCGCGACGAGAUAGAUGACCUUGCGCUCUUCCGUCGCGCCACUCUCGCAUCCGCUGAUGGUGGCGGGGGUGGCGGGCUGCGACGACGCGCUACCUCGCCGCCCAAGAUCGCGUUCAUGUUCCUCACGAACUCUGAUCUCUCCUUCGCGCCUCUCUGGGAGCGAUUCUUCCGCGGGCACGAGCGUCUGUUUAACGUGUACAUCCACGCCGACCCUUCCUCCCGCCUUCUGCUCACGCCGACGCCCUCUUUCCGCGACCGAUUCAUACCGGCCAAGGCCACGCAGCGAGGAUCGCCGACGCUCAUCUCUGCGGCGCGCCGCCUCCUUGCGGCCGCUCUGGUCGACGACCCAGCUAACGCCUUCUUCGCUCUCAUCUCCCAGCAUUGCAUCCCUCUCCAUUCCUUCCGCUUCACCUACCAUGCCGUUCUCUCGGACCCUGGUACCUUGAAGCCUGCCAACGCUGAAGGCGUGCUUCGUCGCCGACAUCUGAGCUUUAUCGAGAUCCUUUCAGGUGAACCGGGGCUGUGGAACCGAUACGUCGCUCGCGGAGAUGACGUGAUGCUCCCGGAAGUGUCGUUCGACCAGUUCCGUGUUGGCUCGCAGUUCUUUAUCCUGGCAAGGCGGCACGCCUUGAUGAUCGUGCGCGACCGCCGGCUGUGGAAGAAGUUUAAGAUGCCUUGUCUCAAAUCAAGAGAAGAUUCUUGUUACCCUGAGGAGCACUACUUCCCUACCCUUCUUGGUAUGCAGGACCCCGAGGGAUGCACUCGUUACACAUUAACCAGAGUGAACUGGACAGACAGUGUCGGAGGUCACCCACACACCUACCGGCCGCUUGAGAUAUCCGGGGAUCUAAUUAAGUUGCUGAGGAAGUCAAAUUCCACUUACUCAUACCUCUUCGCACGGAAAUUCUCCCCACACUGCCUUCAGCCCCUGCUCAAACUCUGUGAUAGUGUCAUAUUUCGAGAUUGAGUGUUCUAUUCUUAGUUGCAGCCAGUUGCCAAAGGUUUUGGUGGAGAAGCAAAUGUAUGAGUGAUUGAUGAGAGUAAAUGGCUAAAGCUGAUCCAUCACUUCCUCUUCAUUUGUAAACAACCAUCUAGUCGCCUGGCAAUAUGGUGCUAGUUAGAGUUCAAGGAAGUCUUUUUUUUAGAUGGCUUAAGUGAAGCAUCUGAGUUAUUAGCAUCCUUAUCGUAUCUGUGAUAAAAAUUAAAAUACGCAGACCUUUGUAUGUACACAAUGCUCAAUAAGAAUUGUAAAGUUUCACCA